AUGGACGAUCUAUUCGACGUCUUCGACGAUGCUCCGCCCAACAAAAACCUAGAUGUCGCCAAAGAGAAGCCGAGCAAGAAGCGUUCUGCGAACGGCCAUGUCAAGACCCCCGAACCCGCCGCCGCGACCCAGGAUACCACCAUUGCCGAUGCGAACGACGAGGACCAAGGUGUUCCAGUGCCUGCUGAACCUCAGAGCCCCGCUCCUGCUUCCGAAACCAAGCGCCUGAAGCGCGACGAGCCCGCCCCCGUCGUGACCGACUCCUUCGAAACCGAACAAUCCAGAGAAGUCGCUGCCGCCGCCGGUCUCCAGGCAUCCAAGGACGAGGCAAACGUCGUCCUCUCGCAUCAAGUCCGCCAUCAAGUCGCCCUUCCUCCGGACUACGAUUACAUCCCCAUCUCGCAGCACAAGCCUCCGCCGAACGGUCCUGCCAAAACAUACCCUUUCACCCUCGAUCCCUUCCAACAGGUCUCGAUCGCCAGUAUUGAGAGAAAUGAGAGUGUUCUGGUUUCAGCUCACACCAGUGCCGGAAAAACUGUCGUCGCCGAGUACGCUGUCGCACAAUGUCUGCGCGAGAACCAAAGGGUCAUCUACACCAGUCCCAUCAAGGCCUUGAGUAACCAAAAGUUCAGAGAGUUCCAGGCCGAGUUUGGAGACGUUGGUCUCAUGACUGGAGAUGUUACCAUUAACCCCACAGCUACCUGUCUCGUCAUGACCACCGAGAUUCUGCGCUCCAUGUUGUACAGAGGUUCCGAAAUCAUGCGAGAAGUCGCCUGGGUCAUCUUCGACGAGGUCCACUACUUGCGCGAUAAAUCUCGUGGUGUCGUCUGGGAAGAGACCAUCAUCCUCCUGCCCGACAAGGUCCACUAUGUCUUCCUGUCCGCUACCAUCCCCAACUCGAUGCAGUUCGCCGAAUGGAUCACCAAGACUCACAACCAGCCCUGUCACGUUGUCUACACCGAUUUCCGACCCACUCCUCUUCAACACUACCUCUUCCCUGCCGGUGCAGAAGGCAUCCACCUUGUCGUUGACGAGAAGGGCACUUUCCGUGAGGAGAACUUCCAGAAGGCCAUGGCAACCAUCGCCGACAGGGCUGGAGACGAUGGUUCUGACCCCAUGGCGAAACGCAGAGGCAAGGGCAAGGACAAGAAGGUCAACAAGGGAGGCAGAAAGGAAGGUCCCUCGGACAUUUACAAGAUUGUCAAGAUGAUCAUGAUGAAGAACUACAAUCCCGUCAUCGUUUUCAGUUUCAGCAAACGCGACUGCGAGAACUACGCUCUUCAAAUGAGUCAGCUGGCCUUCAACGACGACAACGAAAAGGCAAUGGUCAAGAAGGUCUUCGAGAGCGCUAUCGAGAUGCUUUCUCCCGAAGACCGCGAGUUGCCUCAAAUCCAGCACUUGUUGCCCCUUCUGCGCAGAGGUAUCGGUAUCCAUCAUUCUGGUCUUCUCCCCAUUCUGAAGGAGACCAUCGAGAUUCUCUUCCAGGAGGGUUUGAUCAAGGUUCUGUUCGCCACUGAGACUUUCUCUAUUGGUUUGAACAUGCCCGCCAAGACCGUCGUCUUCACUAGUGUACGAAAAUUCGAUGGUGUUGCUGAGCGCUGGGUCACACCAUCCGAGUUCAUCCAGAUGUCUGGACGUGCUGGAAGAAGAGGUCUCGAUGAACGUGGUAUCGUUAUCAUGAUGAUAGAUGAGAAGAUGGAACCUGCAGUCGCGAAGGAAGUCGUUCGUGGCGAGCAGGACAAGCUCAACUCGGCCUUCUACCUGGGCUACAACAUGAUUCUCAACCUCAUGCGUGUUGAGGGCAUCUCGCCCGAGUUCAUGCUCGAGAGAUGUUUCUACCAGUUCCAGAACACUGCUAGCGUUGCCGGACUCGAGAAGCAAUUGCUCGAAUUGGAACAGGAAAGAAACCACAUGAACAUCGAAGACGAGCCGACCAUCAAGGACUACUACGAUCUGCGCACACAACUCAACAACUACGCAAAGGAUAUGCGCGAUGUGGUCAACCACCCUCAGCAUUGCCUUCAGUUCCUCCAAUCUGGUAGACUGGUUAGAAUCAAGCACAAGGAUCACGACUUUGGCUGGGGCGCUGUUGUUAAUUUCGCCAAGUGCCGUCCUCUCAAAGGUCAGCCGGUACAAGACCCUCCUACCGCAAGCUCAUAUGUGGUGGACGUUUUGCUGCAGGUAGCAAGCGACGUUAACGUACCCGCCAACAAGAACAACGACGAGCUUCCUCCUGGUGUUCGUCCUCCAAUGGCUGGGGAAAAGGGCAAGAUGGAGGUUGUACCAGUCCUGCUCUCGACUGUUGAUGCAAUCGGCCAUCUCAGAAUUUUCUUGCCCACUGACUUGCGGUCAGCCGACCAGAGAAACAAUGUCCGCAAGGGGUUGGAAGAGGUCAAGAGAAGAUUCCCUGACGGCAUUGCCAUUCUUGACCCUGUUGAGAACAUGGGUAUCACAGAUGAGGCUUUCAAGAAGCUACUCCGCAAAAUCGAGAUCCUCGAGUCAAGACUGCUCUCGAAUCCCCUCCACAACUCACCUAGACUUGCAGACCUCCACACUCAGUACGAGCACAAGGUUCAACUUGGCAACAAGAUCAAGGAUGUCAGAAAGCAGAUAAGCGAUGCUAUGUCAGUGUUGCAAAUGGAGGAGCUCAAGCACAGAAGAAGAGUGCUUCGCAGAUUGGGCUUCAUCAGCGAAUCCGAUGUCGUGCAGCUGAAGGCCCGUGUGGCUUGCGAGAUUAGCACAGGUGACGAGUUGGUGCUCAGUGAGCUUCUUUUCAACCGCUUCUUCAACGAACUCACGCCCGAACAAUGUGCGGCUGCUCUCAGUUGUUUCAUCUUCGAGGAGAAGAGCAAUGAGACACCGACCUUGAAGGAGGAACUUGCCAAGCCUUAUCGUGAGAUCCAGGCGCAGGCACGCACUAUCGCAAAGAUCUCGCAGGAGAGCAAGUUGGCUGUCAAUGAAGACGAGUAUGUUGAUGGGUUCAAGUAUCAGCUCAUGGAGGUCGUUUACAAGUGGUGCAAUGGAGCAACCUUUGCCGAGAUCUGCAAAAUGACCGACGUAUACGAAGGCAGUCUGAUCCGUCUUUUCAGACGUCUUGAAGAGCUUAUGCGACAAAUGGCACAAGCGUCGAAGGUCAUGGGCAGUGAGGAGCUUGAACAGAAGUUCGAGACUGCACUCACCAAGGUGAGACGCGACAUUGUUGCAGCACAAUCGUUGUAUCUGUAA